AUGUCAGGAUUCUGCAUCGCCAAAGCUCGAACCCAUCUUCGCAACAGCAGCAACAACAAGAACAACAGCAACGACUACGGCAGCGGGACAAAGUGCGGGCGGUGGAACCCGACGGCGGAGCAGGUCAAGGUCCUGACGGAGCUCUUCCGUUCGGGCCUCCGAACCCCCAGCACCGACCAGAUCCAGAAGAUAUCCAGCCAGCUCAGCUUCUACGGCAAGAUCGAGAGCAAGAACGUCUUCUACUGGUUCCAGAACCACAAGGCCCGCGAGCGCCAGAAACGCCGCCGCGUCAACCUCGACGACAACGACGUCGUUCUCUCAUCCUCGUCAAUCAUAUCCCCACCUUCCAACCUCAUCCGCCGCGACGAUCCCUUUUCCUCCUCCGCUAGAUAUUUUUCAGAGAUGAGCCAUAACAGGCAGCUUCAGUAUUAUAACGAGGAGCCGCCAGCAGCAAAAGCUGAAAGGGUGAUAGAAACGCUUCAGCUGUUUCCAUUAAAUUCCUUCAACGACGCUGCUGAUCAUCAUCAAUACUACUAUGGCCGUAAGGAAGCAGCAGCAGCUGCUCGUGGGUUCUCUUGUGGGUUCAGUUCAGAAAUGGACCAUCCGCCGCUGGAUCUACGAUUAAGCUUCCUGUAA